GUUUUCAGCUCUGGACAAAGGACAACGAGCUCCAGCCAGCUGAUUUGCCAGUGUCACUGCUAGCAUCCCUCCAUCUCAGGGAUGAGGCUGUGGUCAUCAAUGAGAACACCAACCAUAUGGGGAUAAUCCUGAGCCCCAUCCUGUCUUUCCCGUGAUGAUGUCAUCACUGCUUAACCAGUCACGACAGCAGGCAGACAUAUCCAUGAACAGUAGGCCUGAGCCUCCACCAGCAGAUCAAGAGUUCUUUAAGACUGAGAUGAGCCAAAACGACAGCGAGGCGCAGUCUCCCACCCCGACAUCAUUCCCGCAGGAUCAUUCAUCCUAUGCUGAUCACAAUGAUGCAAUUCCUGCGCUGAGAACCAACGUCACCAAGGAAGGAGAACUUCAAGCAGAGAACAAUAUAACCAAAGCUAUGGCAGCAUGCGAGUCCAGCACUGACAACCACCAGCUGUCUGAAGCAGAGUGGUACUGGGGCAACAUCUCAAGAGAAGAAGUAAAUGAGAUGAUGAGGAACACUCCUGAUGGCACAUUCCUUGUCCGAGAUGCUUCCAGUAGGAUAAAGGGGGAAUAUACUCUCACACUAAGAAAAGAUGGCUAUAACAGACUCAUAAAAAUCGACCAUCGGGGGAAGUACGGCUUUUCAGAGCCACUGGCCUUUCCCUCUGUGGUGGACCUGAUCCAGUAUUACCAGAAGAAGUCACUAGCCCAAUACAAUUCCAAACUGGAUACACGGUUACUCUAUCCAAUAUCCAGAUACCAGCAGCAGCAGAUUUUGAUGGAAGUUGACAUUGAUACCGCUGGAGAACAACUGAGGAUAUUUCAGGAUCAAUACAAAGAGAAGAGCAAAGAGUAUGACCGUCUGUUUGAGGAGUUAAAUCAAACCUCUCAGGAACUGCAGAGCAAGCGAACUGCUAUUGAGGCUUUUGGUGAAAUCAUUCGGAUUUUCGAGGAGGAGUGUGAAACCCAAGAACGCUACAGCAAAGAAUACAUCGACAUGUUCCUCACACUGGACAGCAAUAAAGAGACUGACAAGAUUCAAAGCAACUCAGAUGAACUCCAGUCAAGAGUGGAAGAGAUCCACAACAGCAAGAAGAAGUUAGAAGAAGAGCUGAGAAACAAGGCGAUGGCUCACAUGGAGGUCGACAGGAAAAUCAACAGCCUGAAGCCUGACCUUGUGCAGCUCAGAAAGAUCAGAGAUCAAUACCUGCUCUGGCUCACACAGCAAGGCACCAGGCAGAGCCAGAUUAACGACUGGCUGGGCAUUAGGAACGAAGAAGAAGACCCCUACACUCUAGCAGAUGAUAUCCACCAGGAGGAGAGGAGCUGGUAUGUUGGAGGCAUGAGACGAAAGGAGGCGGAGGAGCUGCUGAGAGGGCGGAGGGAUGGCACUUUUCUAAUCAGAGACAGUCAGACUCAGAGUGGCUCUUUUGCCUGCUCCGUUGUUGUGGACGGGGAUGUGAAACACUGUGUGAUCUACAGGACGUCCACAGGAUAUGGCUUUGCUGAGCCCUAUAACCUGUAUUCAUCACUGAGAGAGCUUGUCCUCCAUUAUCGACACACAUCCCUGAUCCAACACAACCAGCAGCUGAAUGUAACCCUGGCCUGGCCUGCUCUCAGCCAGCAGUCCAGCUGAGACACACCAGCAUACCACCCUGAUGGCACUUUCCCAAAGCUUUACAGUAUUAGCACUGAGGACACACCCAAAUGGACACCGUUUCCAGGCUCAGAGUACCGGUUAGUGUUGUCAACGUAUAAGAAUUUACAGUAAACAGAUUAAGUGCUAAAAUUUGGAUAAUUAAUAAUCCAACACAGCAAAGAUGUGACAACAAACAAAAGCAUUACUGAACAAUAGUCACAGUUACUUAACAGAUUUUAGGAACUUUAUCCACAUCACCGUGAGGUUGAUUACAUUUCUGCCUUUUGCCACCUUUGUUAGUUACAGUGGUUGUAUGUAUGGGUCCUGGCACCAGCUUGCCAACUAGUUUGGGAAAUAGAGCAUUGUUUUAUGCUGUUGCCAUUGCAACAGCACUGACCAAUCAGUAGUAUAUUAAUCUGCUGUCAAAUGCCAAGCUGGAGCGCUGUUCUAAUCUUAUUUCUUGUUUUAAACCGAUUAUUCCUAUUGUGAAAAAUCCCAUUAACUUUCCAUCUGCAUAUAAUGCUUGCAAAACACAAUUUGGAUUAAGUACUUAUCUUUUACAGAAUUCAGUAGUGAAUUUAAUCUUCUGCAGCAGAAUAAGGUAGAGCUGAAAUUUUUACUCCAUGACCACUUUAGUAUUGACAAGUUUACAAAAACUUAUUGGCAAAAUCUGACACAGUGGAACGGUUUGUAACAAGGACAUCAGGGUUACAUAGAGUGCUUGUAUUUCAGAAUAUUCUUUUCAGAGUACAGAAUGCAAAGCAUUCAUAACAAGAACAAUCAAAGCACAUAGAUAUAAUUUGGCUACUUGUUUUUCAUGUAUGAUAAGAAGAGUAUAUUUAUCUGGUGGAAAAAUGCUGAUUUACAUUAUCCACUAUUCCAGACAUAUUCAUGUGCAGUUCUUUAUAUUUUUUUUCCUGAAAGGCAAGCACAAUAAAUUAUUAUAAGAGCCUUGAUAUUUUGAAGCUUUGAACAGUAUUAAGUCCUCUUCUCUAUAUUUGGCCACUGAUGGCUUAUACUGCAUCUCAUACACUUUUAAAAUAUUUUUUUCUCCAGUGACCCAUUACAAACUAGUACAUUGUCCUCCAGAUUCACUUUUUAAGCUUUGAAUGAGUGAACUUGUUGCUUCCCUCCAAAGUAUGUAUAUUCUAUAUAAUCAAAUCGAUAUAAUCGGUGCAGUAGCAUUGUUUAAGGUGCUUCUGGGAAACUGAGCUCAGGAUGGGACACUACCCUGCGCAUGUGCAUUAUGGGUACUGUAGAAACUGAGGAGACACACAAGCACUUUAUCCAAAACAAGACAACAUAAAUAUACAGAGAAAUAGGGUUGGGUUCCCAUAGCUAGUUUCCAUUUUGAAUCCUAUUCCUGGUUGGCAAAAUAUCUAGUUUCAUUUAUCUACGAUGCUAGCAAAUCUCUUAUUGAAACUUUGAUCUCUCCUUGUUAUUUUUUGUUAGCAAAGACAGUUGUUGAAAACAUACAAAUAACAUGAGCAGCUUUGCAUUCAUUACCAGGACCGACUGUUGCUUUCCCCAGUUAAAAUGGCCAAUGCCAUUAGUGCUAUAUUAUAAAGAAGACUCUUUCUAAAGAAAGGAUCAGCCACGUAAUACAGGAGACUUUUUCUGUCUUUUCAGAAAUUAGGAGAGCUUUCUGGCCAGUCUUAUGUGGAACAAGUCAGUAUUGUCUCCUCCAUCAUUUGGAUCUAGUAGUUUGUAUAAAAUUCCUAUGAUGAAGUCAGUAUUUCGCAGCUGUUAUUUCAGUUUGUGAGAACAAUCAACAAGCCACAUUUCAUAUCAUCUGCUGCUCAUCUCAUUUUCAGGUUUACCUUGUGUGAACAUUAGCAAGCUUAACUACUGCUAAUGUUGAAUAACUUAGUAGCUAUGGCUAAAAACUCUACAUUUCUAGAUUCUUGCCAAUUAACAGGUGAUCACAGAUCUAAACACAUUUUUGGUUGUAAUUAUUCAUAAGUUCACCAACUGCAAACGAUGAAAGCUAAACGUGAUGGGCAUCAAUAUAGGACUUGAAAGGAUUUGGACCUGAUAAGUAUACUAAGAAGAUACUGGAUUCAAAUGUGAUUGUUAUUGUAUCCCAACCCUACACAGACAGAGAGAACACAGCCUGAGGUUUGUGAGAACGCAUGCUAUCACGAUCUCACAGAUAUUGCUGUUUUAAAAUAAGUUUAAAGUAUUUAUUUUGAUGACUACAAAUAGAAAAGUUAUUUUCUAACUGACAUUACAAAUUAAGCAAAACACAAAGUAGACAUGAGGUGACGUAAGUUACGACAGUAUUUCUGUUUGUUUAUUAUAUGAAAAUCUUGGAGUAUCUACCUAAAACUAGUUAUUUAUGUAAAUGCGAGUUAUCAAUCUGGUUCAGAUUAGUAAUUGAUUAGGUUAAUUUCUUGAUUUUGUUUGUGAGGAUUAGCAAAGUUUGAGUCACUGGUCUGAGACCUUUGUUAAAUCUCUGGAGCUUGAUAUGAAGUGAUAUUACAGACUUACAUUGUACGUCUCUAGUUUGUAGGAAACUGCUGAAUAGUGCCUUUAAGUACUUUGUUUCAGUCAUCAUGAGCUGAACAGGUUGUGUCUAGUUGAAUACUGGGUUACAGCAGCGCAAGUACCCACUGGGAGAGCAUUACUAGAAAAACAAAUUGCUUCCAGGACAUUAUAUUUUAAUAUUUUGACUAAAAUUUGCAUAAAAAAUACCUUUUUCCCACAGCAGUUGCCACACUGAAUUUACAUCACACUUGGCAUGAGAAAUUGUACAUUUGCCAGUAUAUCAAUUUUAUGAUAAACAAUGAUAACAAAAACAAAGGCUCAUAAUUUUGAAGGACUUGAACUUAAACAAUAGCUCAUUAUUAAUCAAAUCCCUGAUGUGCACAGUAAAAAACUGGAAAACUAAAGACACAGGCUAAACAUCUGAGUAACAAUUUUACGGAUUCACAAAGAGCUACAGAAUAGGGAUGUCAUAAGAACAGAUACUGUGGUACCAAGUCGAUGCCAAAACUCUGAAAAUGUGAUAGGAUCUGGUUUGUUGCUGGUUUAGCACUGAAGAUACUAGACAAUCCUGGUACAGCAAUAAGACUGCUGAGGCUUGUGGGAAAAUGUAAUGGAAAUACUCCACACAUAAUCUUCAUUGAGGUUAAAGAUAACUCACAAAAUGAGCAAGGUUUUGCUCACUGACACCCGCUACCAUUCAAUCUGUCACUGAACCACUUACAUAUGCGUUAGAAGUGUGUUGGCAGUCGCUUUGUUAUUGUAUUUUUUUAAAUCAAUUAGGAAGAUUACAAAAAGAUUUUUUGGCAUCAAAUUUGGUAUCAAGAAUCAUGAUGGUGCAUUUGUAUUUGUUCUGACUUACAAAUUUCUGACAUCCCUUUUGCAGACCUAUCGUUACUUUCAAACAUGAAGGCUUAUGAUUGAAUGAACAGCAGUUAAACCAUUUUCAUUACUACUUAAUAAUUUUGCAGCCAUGUUAGUUAGCUAUGAUUCCAGCUAUGAUGGACCAAAUAGAAUAUAUAACCAUACAAUGUGACAAAAUUAUCGAAAUUGGAUUUUUGAAAAUGUUGGUACACAUCAGCACAAGAGAUGAUUAUUUUAAAUCCUUCAGUGUGACAUAUAUUCAAAUGGUGAUGGUGAAAACUGUUUACAUUUCAGACCUAUCCAGGGUCAGAGGGCUCUGGAUAGGCGACAGGUUUGCGACCCAGGGACUGCUUUGAUUGUGCAAUUUCUGAGUGGAAAUGAAGUGGUGCUUGUGAAUUACACUGAAUUAUUCAAUCUAUUUUUAUAGAGAAAAUGCAGCAGUCAUUAAUUAUAGCAUUGCCAGUUUGGACUGGCCAUUAAUUAAGAUAUAAUUACUUAAGACAUAUAAGAGUAGUUUGUUACAUUUUGAGACAGAGUUGAUUACAGAUAUUUUACCCAUAUCUACUUUUUCCUGUUUCAUUGCUUACUUUAAAUGCACUUGUCUCUUAAAGAUCAUGUUUUACUGUCAUUGCAUACAUACACUUGAAGGUGUCAGUGUUGUCAGACUAUUUAUUACCAUGAAAGAAGUUGCACAAAUUAUGCCAGAUUCCUGCUUGGUGGCAGUAACAAGAUGUAAAUGUUUGAUUUUUGCAUGCCAUCAUUGUGUAACAGAUUACCCUAACAACUGGUUAGAACAUGGACAUUAAGGCUUGGUACUGUUUUGAUACCAGUUCUGGUACUAUAAUGACACCACCAGCUAUAAAAGAUAUGUUGUGCUACCUUUCUUUAAGGGGUUAGCUAUAUAUAUAUAUUCUGUGAAAUGCUUAGUUAAUGAUAUUAUUUGUUUUUUCCUUUAUCUCCAUCAUUGGUGCUCGACACUCAUUGCCGUAGUUUUUCUUUAGUGCACCUCUCUGAGAUCACCUGUCAUACAUACAGUAUGACUCAUACUUCUUUAUCAAAGCAAAUGCAAAAGCUUUCAUUAUGGUUGUGGUCUGUUGUGCUUGUAAUCACAUUAUUCUGCAAUAUAGCAUUGCACAGUAGUAAGUUCUGCAUAUGUUGUGGACCAUGUCCCACAGCCUCCACGUGGUAAAGCAAGUAGGACUUCUAACCUAUGAGAAACCAAAUGUAGGUGUCUGUCCUUCGUCAUCCGGGUCAUGUCUGUUCUUUUUUUUAAACUCUUUGCACACUUAUUAGAUUGAGUGCUAAAUUAAGUUCAUGACUUAAAAUAUAAAUUUAUAUUAUGUCGUGAGUAUAAAAAAUAUAUGUUUGCGAUUUCAGUAAAUUUUGUAGCAGGUAUACAAAUGGGUAUAAAUGUUAUAAGUGCACAAAACAGACAAGACCAUUGCUCUGUGGGGUUUAGAUUUAAAGCAUAGCAUUUGCACACCAUCUCAUGUGAGGUGGCGAUACUAUGACUGUGUCUUCAUGUACAUUCACUCUGUUACUAAGGCAGGUGGACAUGUGGUGGUUGUAAAUAUGAUAAAGUUGCUCAUGAGAUUGGUGUGUCGUAGCACUUACAAAAAACAAAUGUUUUGACUGUGGUAUCUUUAAUGAGGUGAUCACCUAAUAUUUAGUUCUGUGAAGUCAGACAUCUUUGUAAUUAAGUGUGCACAAUUUGGUCUGUUGUUAGUGUCUCUUUUUGUAACUUUAUCACUGUGCAAAGACAAGCAAAAUAGAGAUACUACAAAAACAGUUUUAAAACGAUGUUUUGUAGAGGAAUAACUGGCAUCACAUCUAAAAUGUGUGUCAUGAUGUACUUUCAGCAACAAUCUUGUUAAUUAAGUCUUUGUCCAACUAAUUCUAACAUAAUGUUUGAACAACCAUUGCCACGAUGCAUUUGCUGUUGUAUAUUAAAAGAAUUACACACAGCUACAGAAAAUAGAAUGUUGAAAGAAAAAUGUAAAAUUACAAACAGAUUGUGGUUAAAGUUUGGUCUAUACAAGAUUUACCAAUAAACAAGAACCAACGUACUAGCCAUUGAGCUACCCUGCUAACUUUUCAACAUCCUAAAUUUAAUGUUUCUUGGCUUGGAACAAAUGAAACAAAUGAUUGCCAUUUAGAUUUUGACUUUUAGAUUUCUGUAUUGUUUAUUUAAAUUUGCUUGUUGACCAGUAUGUUCUCCUCUGACUAAGGAGGUUUAAAAUGAAUAACAUCCUGAGAAAUUCUUCAAGGUUUCUUCAAAUUGUAUGCUAGAUACCACAGAUUUGUGACAUGGAAGAUUAAAUCAGUGGAACAGGUGGAUAGUGUAGCAACAACAGCUGUAAAUCUUUUUUGGAUUCUCAGAAGACUCAGUCAGAUGCCUUUAUAGAAGACAUUUCUAGGUCUAUUUACGUAUGUUCACUGGAUUUAUCAUAAGGCUUGAUAUUGUAGGAACGACUGAAUGAGCUCAACAGUGUAUGUGUAAAAAACGAUAGUCUUGUUUGUCUGUGAUGUAUUGAUGUGGUAAGAGUUUCAAUGAUGGUACCAAUGCCACAUUUAGCUCGGAUAUUGAGAAUGUAUGUGUUUAUUCUGACAUAGUUCCACAGGAAUUCUGUUAGUAUUGGCUGAUUCUGCAGAAUAUGAUUUAUGUCUUAUGGCAACGCUCAGUGAUAAAGCAGGAAAUAGCCAGCUAUUAAGGCAGAGACGCAAAUGGAAAGGUUGUGAGGAAGCGGUGGUGGAUGGGCUUUAAAUGUGUGAUUUUGGAACUCAAGGCCAGGGUUUCCAACCUCAUAUCAGUAAUCAGUAUUUACAUUUUUUGUAUUAUUUAACUAUGAUGACAAUCAUCCCCAAACUAGAAGCAACUACAAUUGCUUAACCUAGUUGUAUUUAAAUUGCUUGGAACAUACAUGGCAGAAAUGCUUAGUUAAAAAAAAAAUGCUUAAAGUGGAUGCCCCAAGACAUUUGGACUUUUCCAGUUUCAACCAUUUAGCGGACAGAAAACAGUCAUAUUUAGGUACAAGAUCAAACACCGCUAAGUGAAGCAACUAGUUAGGCAUAGAAAUGUUGAGAUACUGAACAUGUUAAAUUUUUGGCUUCAAUCUGUUUCAGUGAUAGAAUUCUGACAUUCUUACAUUAAUGUUUCUCAUGGCUUCAUUGAGACAUAUCAUUGACACAGGAGAUCGUGCUGCCAUUAUAUAUAACAACAUAUGACAUGUUGUUGUAAUCUUGUGUGUGCAUAUUUGUUAAUGCAAACUGCAUGCAGUUCAGAUUUGUAUAAAAAAUAACAUCAGUAUUAAAAGGUCUGACCUUGUAUGAUUCUCACUGAGUUCACGGUGCGUAUUCAAACAUGAAGUCAACAUGCUAAGAUGAUGCCAGUUUAAAGGAAAGGAGAGCAUGUCGGAAAGGGCUGAUGUAGAGCAUUAAAGCUGUAGGUAGGUUUGGUGCGGUAUGUGAUCAGGUAUUCGCUGGGGAUCAGUAAGUAUAAGAAUGGUGUCUUUUAUGGGUUUGGUGUGAGUAUGAGUCGAGAAGAGGAGGAUGGUUUGUGAGAAGAAAUGCACAUUUACACAGAGUUUGGGUGCCAUUCACUGGCUUGGCAAUUGCUCUCAAUUUUCUUCCAUGCCACAACAUGAUGGGAUCUAGCAGUAAUGUUUUUUAAACUAUUUUGGGAGAUGUAUUUAUUUUUCUUUUCAUCCUGAGUAAAAUGAGAAGAUCAUGGUCAACUUUUUUAAACAUCUGAAAUCCAGGGACUUUGAGCUGUGCAUAUGAUCAAAUACCUCUAAUUGUCUCUGCAUCGUGUCUAACAUAGCAUCUGUUUAAAUUUUUCUGUAACCGACUAAUUUUUUUCCGUUGUGGCUGUAUGGACUUGUCUUUUUCAUUUGAUCUAAAGAACUUAGCUGCCCUUAUUUAAUAGCCUACUGCUGUGAGAAAAUACUGUUACUGUAAAUGUUGAUUUACUGUAGUGAUUAUGCUAUAACAUUCAGCUUGUUAUCCUCAAUCAGAAAUAGCUUGUGUUUCCUUUUAGGAGUCAUAUUUGGAGAAAACUGGUUUCAGACAUUUUUGUUGGUGUACAACCUGACUUUACCUACUUCAGAACAGUACUGUUCAUGUAUGCACUUUCAGAUCCUAAAUAAAAUUGAGAUUAUGGUUUAA